CUAUCCUUUGACUACGUCAUGCGCUUCGUGUAAAUGUUACGUGCUCUUAGUGGGCAGCAUCAUAACUUUGCACUACAUAAGAACCUCCGAACCGUGAAAAAUAUUUUCAUUCCCGCUUAAGAAUGGAAAUUGACAAUAAUACCUCCAAGUGUGUUGAUAAAAGUAUCAAUGAAAACCAAUCUGGUCAGAUUGGAACCCUCCACUCCAACAGUGUUGUUGACGGCAUAGUUGCCUCUUUGAAGGUGCGAUGUAUUCCAAUCCAAGUGUAUCUGUUAUGCACGAUUGCAACUAAUUUUUUUUUAAUAUUAAUAUUCUAUUUUGCAGGAUUUGCAUAUUAAAAUAACCGAUCUGGAGAGAUUGUACAACAAUAUGAAGGGAGAGAUGGCCAUUCUUCAAGUUGCAGUUUUGGACCUUGGAGACCGCCCAGCAGCUCCUGAUCAAAUGCCACAACGGCAUGUUCCAGCUGACGGGGUCAAAGGGAAGGAAGUAUUUGAGAAAGAUUAUGCAAAUAUAGAAGAAGAUACUGAUGUCAUUCUUGGUGGAAGCGAGCCUGAGAAUACUAGUACUCCGCUGAAUGAAAAAUCUCAAAAGAUAACUAUUAUCAACCUGGACGAAGAAAUAAUAGCACAAUCAAGAAAUAUCAAUUAUACUCGCACCUAUCUUCGUGAAAAGGCAAAAAAAGCAUCCAAAUAUGCUUUGAACUAGUCACCUAAAUGUCACAACUCAAGUGAAAAUGUUUGUUCUGGGCGAAAGAGGGACAGACCAAAAGGAUCUAAUGGACCUAGAAUACUAUCACCUGAAAUUGGUUGUGUACUCCCAGUUGAACUGAAGUCUAAAUUCCGUCCAACUAAGGAAAUGCAGUUGACACUACUCAAAUAUCACUUUAUGUAUUUGGCCACGACCUAUA